UCGAACCGAGUGUGGCUGUGAGUGCGUUUCUGUGAGCGGCAGGGCAUUGCGAGGCCCCUGACGCCAAACGACAAACGAGACAGAUACACACCGCACCGUCCAAGUGUCAACAGUCGAGUGCCUUGUGGCCAAGUGUAACCCUAACCCUCCAAUCUCCCAUCUUCAAUUUUCACCAGACCCCCAAGAACUCACCAGGAAACACCCGAUCCAUGCAUGGCCACUGUAUGAGGAAAAAAGUGCAAAGUGAGCAAUUGGCGGAAACGUGAUCGGCGGAAACUGGCGAGCCAAGUGCGCCAAACGUGUGGGACUCCCAUUUUAAGUGCGAAUCAGAAGCACAUGUGCCCCGCUUGCUGAGGGUCCGAGUAUACUCACACCUGAGCCCUCACCAUGCUGCAGCACACGAUGACCAAGCGCAAAACGCUUAUAAUUGCCUGCUUUGGUAUUGCGCUGGGUCUCUGCAUCGGCACCGUGCUGAAGAACUACCGCGCGCUGGAGAUUGUGAAGCGGUGCAACCUGCGGCCGACGAACCUAAAGACACCCAACGAGAUAAUUGGGCUAGAGGAUGAGGACACCAUACAGAACUCACAGCGGAAUCUCGUGUUCGUGGGUGUGAUGACGGCCAAGAGCUUUCUGGAGGGACGCGCGAGAGCCGUGUACGAUACGUGGGGCAAGGAGGUGCCGGGCCGGAUUGCGUUCUUCAGCUCGGAGGGCAGCUACUCGGAGGAGUUGCCAGUGGUGGGGCUGAAGAACGUCGACGACCGCUAUCCGCCGCAGAAGAAGUCAUUCAUGAUGCUGUACUACAUGUACGAGCACUAUAUCGACCGAUUCGAGUGGUUUAUUCGGGCCGACGACGAUGUGUACAUGGAGCCGGAUAAGCUGGAGCGCUUCCUGCGCUCCAUCGACAGCUCCAAGCCGCAGUUCAUCGGCCAGGCGGGCAAGGGCAACAGCGAGGAGUUCGGCCUGCUCUCCUUGGAGUUUGACGAGAACUUCUGCAUGGGCGGGCCGGGCGUGAUACUCAGCAGUGAGACACUAAGGCGCGUGGCACCCCACAUACCCACCUGCCUUAAGAAUCUGUACAGUACGCACGAGGACGUGGAGGUGGGCCGCUGUGUCCAGAAAUUUGCGGGCAUUCCCUGCACUUGGAACUACGAGAUGCAGUACAUAUUGCGGCACAACUCCAGCGGUCGAAAUGCAUACACGGGCAAGCUGAAGCGCAAGGAGAUCCACAACGCCAUCACCCUACAUCCCAUCAAGCAGGCGCCGCUAAUGUAUCGCCUUCACUCUUACAUACAGGGCCUGAAGGCGGAGGAGAUGCGGCAGGAAUCUCUGCUGCUGCAUCGGGACAUUAAGCGCAUGGCCAAGUAUCUGGAGGUGCCCGACGACAGCACCUAUAUGCUACCCAGCGUCUCGCCGGACAGCGAUUCGGGCAAGAGACACUUUCAGGAUCACAAUAUACUAGGAAUCAGCCCCGAACUGAACAAAUUUGUGCCGGGGAGCACGGACGAUCUGCUGGACUGGUCGUUCAUAGCACGAAGCCUCUACUCGGCCAGCUCGGCGAAUCCAAAGCAGAAAAUCGACUCGUCGAUGCGCGAGGGACUCGAGGAUGUCAUCACCGAAGUUAUGGAGAACAUCAAUAACUAUUCCAGGCAACGUGGACGGGUGAUUGAGUUCCGGGAGCUGUUGUACGGCUACCAUCGACUGGAUUCCCUGCAUGGGCAGGACCUCAUCCUGGAUCUGCUGCUCAUCUACAAGAAGUAUCGGGGCAAGAAGAUGACUGUGCCCGUCCGCAGACACCUGUACGUGCAGCGUGCCUUCACGGGCAUCUUUGUGAAGGAGUUCGAUGAGGAUUUCUACAAUGUCACCCUACAGCAGAGUCUGCUGGGCAGCAUCCUUCACAGUGGCAUGGCGCGCCUGAGCAGCCACUUUACGAUGGCCAGCGGCCUGCUGCCUCAGGCAGAGGACAAAAUUGUGUUCGUGCUGCCGAUCUCCGGACGACUGGGUACCUUUGAGAGAUUCUUGCGCACCUACGAGCGGAUAUGCAUCAAAGCGGAGCAGCACUGCGACCUGCUGGUGGUGAUAUUUGGAGCUCCAGAGGAGCUGGGCGAUCACCUGCAGUUAUUGAGCCAUCUGCGAGGCCGUCACGUGUACCAGCAGGUGAACUGGAUCCAGCGCAGUGGCUCCUUCUCCCGCGGUGUGGCGUUGGAUGUUGCCGCCCGCUCCUCCUACAUCCAGCCCGCGGACAUCAUUCUGUUCAUCGAUGUGGACAUGGUCUUCGAGGUGACCACGCUGCAGCGGGUGCGGAUGCACACGCAGCGGGGGCGACAGGUCUAUCUGCCCAUUGUGUUCAGUCAGUACGAUCCGCAGCGUCGCUCGGAUGGCGGCACGGGAGACUUGCCUCCGCCCAUCGACGAUGAGAACGGGUACUUUAGGCAGUUCGGGUUCGGUAUAUGCGCCAUCUACAAGUCGGACAUACUGGACGAGGACAUCAAUGGCUUCGACAAGGACAUAACCGGCUGGGGUCUGGAGGAUGUCAAGUUUCUCGAGAAGAUUGUUCGCGUGGGCACCCGCCAACAAGGCUUCCUUUCCAACACCGCAGAGCUGCCACUGGACUAUAACGAGGCCGCAGAUCAGUGGCGUCGCCUCAGUGUAUUCCGUGCACCGGACCCAACUCUCGUCCACGUCUACCACGACAUCAGCUGCGACAUCCAGCUGGAGGCCGCUCAGUACAACAUGUGUCUGGGCACCAAGGCCAACUCUUUGGGAAGCACCAGGCUGAUGGAGCAGCUUUUCUACAACAGCCGUGACAAUUUUCGCUUCAUCGCAGACUUCAACAGGCAGAAGCAGCAGCAGCAGCAGGCCAGAUGAUGGAUCUCCAUCCCUAAACCUCCUGCUGCCAUAUAUAGUAUUAUGUUCUACGUUUUAAUCUUAACAUUAAUCAGAUAAUGGUUCCCCAUCUGUGUUUUGUGUGUGUGUGUGUGUGUGAAUGUCCCAUCGUAUCCUUGUAAGUGUUAUUCCUAGUGUGUCUGUGCAUGAGACACCCACCUGCUGCCAGUGAUAAGUCCAUAAAGCCAAGACUAAGCAAAGACCAGCAGCUAGAUUCGUAACUAGGAUAAUCCCAGGGUGGUGUCUGGAAUCACGGAGUAUGAUGGCCUGAUAGCUCCAGGCCGUUGAUUCCGAUUGACUUUUACCUCAAAAUUCGCUCCAACGAUAAUAAAAUAUUUAGU